AGCUUGCGAACGAACGCAUGCAGUAGCACAGCGUCAUGACAAAACCUGGCGACGUUUUUCCUAUCGGAGGAACCUCUAUGAUAACAUUGACAUGGGCGACGAUUGUUGUCAUAGCUGUAGUAGUAGUAAAGGUGACUAUCAGCCUUUGGAACACCGUCAGACGUAACCAGAAAAUGGCAAAGGAGUUCCCGGUACCACCCGGAAGUCACUGGCUGCUCGGACACAUGGUCUUGCUUGGUGAUGAGGGUCGGGGAUUAAUGCUGAAGGCUAUGGAGUGGUCGAAGAUCUACAAGUACGCUCAUGUAAUCCGCAUGGGGCCGCUUCUGCAACACUGUAGCGUGUACCAUCCUGAUUACGUCAAGGCGGUGAUGUCACGGGCAGACAGAAAGGACGACUACGUCUACAGCUUCUUGAGGCCUUGGCUUGGGGACGGUCUUCUUACCAGCGCCGGACCCAAGUGGUUCCGGAACCGCCGCCUCCUCACACCGGGGUUCCACUUCGAAAUCCUCAAGCCGUACGUUAGACUCUUCUCAGAGAGCACAAACGUCAUGCUGAAAAACUGGGAAGAGCUGAAGUCUGGAUCGUCCAUUGACGUGUUUCAUCACACAAGUCUGAUGACGCUGGACAGUAUGUUAAAGUGUGCGCUCAGUCAGCACACCGACUGUCAGACAAGCAGGAAAACGAAUGACUACAUCGCUGCUGUGUACGACCUUGCAGACCUCACCAUGAAGAGGGGGAGGACCUUGUUACUCCGGAGUGAUCUGAUCUAUGCACUCUCUGCUGACGGGAAGAAGUACCGCAAAGCCUGUAACCUGGUUCACGAGUAUGCAAAACGCAUCAUCACCGAGAGACGAGAAGCCCUGAAGCAACGGCACACUCAGGAUGACGAGGAGGCGACAAACAAGAAGAAAUAUCUGGACUUUCUGGACAUACUGUUGAAAGCAAGGGAUGAAGAUGGUAACGGUCUGACUGAUGCUGAGAUCCGUGACGAGGUGGACACCUUCAUGUUUGAGGGACACGACACCACAGCCAGCGGGCUGGCCUGGACCCUGUACUGUCUGGCUCGUCAUCCGGGACAUCAGGAGAAGUGCAGGAAGGAGGCACAGGAAAUGCUGCAGGGGAGAACGGAAGUGACGUGGGAUCUUCUGCCCUCCCUGAAGUACAUCACCAUGUGUGUGAAAGAGGCCAUACGAUUGUUCCCUCCUGUGCCCAUGAUAUUCCGACAUCUGGAGAGCCCCCUGACGUUCCCAGAUGGAAGGACACUCCCCGAAGGAUCAAGAGUUGGCAUAUCAACCAACACUCUGCAUCACAAUCCUCACGUCUGGGAAAACCCUAUGGAGUUUGACCCACUGCGAUUUUCCACGGAAAACUCAAAGGGCAGGCACCCAUUUGCGUUUAUCCCCUUUGCUGCUGGGCCGAGAAACUGUAUCGGACAGCACUUCGCCAUGAACGAGUUGAAGACAGCUGUUGCGCUGAUCCUGCAGCGGUUCAGCCUGACUCCUGAUAAUACCCUACCGGAGCCCAUCCCUGUUCCUAAACUGAUCAUGCGUGCUAAAAAGCCGGGCCUUUUUCUGAAGAUUAAAUCUCUUACGGCCUAAGGUAUCUGAUAAUGACGUGUAGUAUUGAACACGCCACAUCAAACUAGUGGUUGAGUACUUAUCUUGCCGCACGCUUUCCAGUUGGUGAUUGUGUGAUUACGCUAAAUGCAAUGGAAUAAGUCAGGCAAGCUAAACCUUAAUGCUUUUUCGUGUCUCACAUGUACAGGCAACUCUUAUUAAGGUUUUGAAUUUUGAUAACAUUUGAUAGUCCCCAGGUGUAGUCCCUGAAACGUACUUCUGCUAGAAUAUGACAUUCGGUACUUAUUUUAUGUUUGAAAGUUUUUUUAUGGUGAUACUAAAUUGUACACAGAGGAUUUCAGUUACAAUCUUAUCAUCAGAUGAAGACUGUGAACACCAUCGAUGAUUUGCUCCAAACUGGAAAUGGCCACAGUAUUGAAGGAAAUGAACUGUGAACGUAACUGAUCAAGAUAUGAACUGGAGGCGUCUUUUACGCUAUAUAUAGAUAUGUAUAACAGGUAUAACAUGCUGUGUACCCUAAGAACAAUCUAUAAUUUGGUGCUUUACAGGCUAGACUUCGCCAAAAACAUUUUCUAUCUUUGGUAUCUUUUGGAGAUGAACUGCCCUGUUGUACAAAAUACAAAGCUAUCAUUUGUAAUCCUGUCUGGAAGUCCUAGUCUUUAGCUAUAUAUUUACUUUUUCUAUAAGCUAUUGCGUAGAUAUUAGUUUAUUAGGUAUGUCCUGCCCUAGAACUUGCCAUCCGUUACAGUUGUUGUGCAAUAAAGAUUGAUUGUAUCAAGCGCAACAGCACUAACAGGAAAUAUUUAGAGAGGGAGACGGUUAUAUUAUCAUAUAUAUACAAACAAAUACAAAUGUACAGCAAUAUACCACUAAGAAGCUUCCUUGGGGUGAAGAAAUAAAGUCAGGGACCAAUGUC